AUGGAGGCCUCAGAGAGUGGAGGAGAAAGGCUUUGCCGAGUGGAGAAGACGGAGGAAGAGUAUUUACUCAGCAACGGGAAUGAGGCAACCUCUUCAAAGUGCAAGUCAAGUAUAGCACCACUUGGACACCCCCUCAUCCACUACACAGAUGGCCUUGAUCAAGACUCCUUUAAAAUUUGCAAGGAGUUCCUGAGACCCUUUAAGAAAUCUCUUCGCAAACUGGAUUUGCCUCAGGAUCUCCCCAAAGACAAAAAACUCAAGUACACUAAGAAAAGCUUGACCAUACUUGGGGAUCACAUCAAUAUGUUCCUUCAACAUUACUGCAAAUCCUGGGAACUCAAACACUGGGAAACGAUGCUGUGGAGAUUCGUGUCUCUUUUCUCAGAGCUUGAUGCAAAACAGCUGCGUAAGCUAUACAAAUACAGUAAGAACAACCAAAUGGCUAAGUUUCUGAAGUUAUACUGUAGUUCAGAAAACCCCGACUCAGAUCCACUUCCUGAAAACGCCACAUUGCUGAAGCUGUAUGACGCAUGGGGACUCCACAGAGAUGAAAACAACAUGCAAGAGAGUCGGACUGAGUCAGAGUCGCCACAAACCAGCCUACACGGUGACCAAGAGGCAGCAAGCAUAACAAAGAGCUGCUGUCAGACAUCUUCAAACAGCAACAGAAAGCGAGCAGCUGAUAUCUACAGAACCACUAGAGCAAGCACCUUGGACAAAACCCCCAGAGAUACAGUGCCACAGAAACCACGAGAUCUUCCCUACAACCCGAACUUCUUUAAAAAGUAAAGAAAACACAAC